CAACAUUACGGAUGUCAUAUUAUCAAUCGAUGUUAUCAAGUAAAAAUAAAAUAUUUCAAAGUAUUAUAAAAUCUAUCCAACCAGACCAAAAUCAAGGAAGUAAUACUGAGUUCGUUCAGACGAUGGCUGAUUUAAAUGCAAGGUUUUCUAGAGUAACACAUGAUUGUCAACAAUGGGAUACGAAAAUAAAACAAACUCUGCAGUGUUGGCACAAUUUCAUAGAAGUAGAAAAAGUUAUACAAGAAUGGAUUGAAACGUGUGAGCGUAUAUUUUUAGAAGAACAAAAUAAUUCUAGACAAAUUUUAGAAUCUCAAAAGGCCUACCUUGAGUAUUCUAAUAAUAAUAAAUGGAUGAAUGAUUUACAAAUAGUAGAAAAAGAACUUUUACGAUGUAUACCAGCUAUGGAACAAGAAAACGUUAGACUCCGAGCAGAGGGUUUAAAAUUGAAACUCAAAAAUUAUCAAGGUAUGAUUCCAAAUUAUAUAGCAAGAAUUGAAUUUAAGUUGAACGAAGUUUCUUAUAAUCAUUGCAUGAAAGAGGCAGAAAAGGAGCUCAAUUUAGAAAAUGUAAUGCUUAAUAAAAGUAACGACAUUAAUAUGUUAAUCAAUCGGAACAAAGAAUAUAUUGAAAAUAAUUCAAUAAUAAAGGAGAUAAAAUCAAAUGUUAGUAAUAUGAAGUGUAUCAUUAGUAAUAUAAAAGAUGCGUCUCUUGAAUCAAAAUUAAAUAAUUAUGUUCAUUAUUUUGAACAAUUGCAAUCUAAGUUUGCCGGAAUUAGACAAAAGUGUUCUGAAAUACCAAAUAAAAUUCAAAAUUAUAAGAUAAAAUAUAACAAUUUAAAUCAAUGGAUGGACGCAGUCGAUGAAAGUGUGGAGAAAUUACUUGAAUUUCCAUUAAAUGACGAUGAUCUUUAUAGAGAAAAAACAUUAUUUCAGGAAAUUUGUCGUGAAGUUGAUAAUAAACGUGAUGAUAUAAAAUGGAUGGUUCAAGUGCUUGAUAAUUUAUUACCCUUUAUACCAAGUAAUCAACAACAAUUAGAACAAAAUAAAUUGGAAUGCUUAGUUUGCAGGUAUAAAAAAAUUAUACCAAUUAUAGAUACUACCAUAUCUAAAGCAGAGUAUUACUCAAAAUGUUUUAUGUAUAGAAAAGACAUAAAAAAAAUUAAUCAAGUAUUAGAUGAAUUAAUACAUUAUCAUCCAAAUUUUAGUGUUGAAAACUUUGAUAAACUAAAUGAAAUUGUUGUAAAUCAAGAAAAUAUCGUAUCAGAACUGGAAAAAUACCGCAGUAGAGUUAUGUCAUUAAUACAAAAAGGAAAAAUUUUAUCUAAAUCUCUACAUUCUUCUCAAGAUUUUGUUCCUCAACUUAUAACUCAGUUAGAAACAAAGUGGUCUUGUACUUAUAAUGAUUGUUUAGAUAAAUGUAGUACAUUAAAAAAUUCACAAAAACUUAUGAUUGAGUACAUUGAAAUAAAAAAUAAAAUAUUAGAAAUUUUGAAAACUGCUGAAAACGAAUUAAAACCCAUACAUGGAAGUGAUAAAAACAACUCAAAAGAAAUAGCUUUACUAUUAAGAAGUAAACAAGAAUUGUGUCUUUCUCUUCGGGAUACAACCGAAACUUUAUUGGCAAGGUUAAAGGAUAUAUCAAAACAUUUUCACAUUCCAGAAAUUUCCUUUAAUCUUAAAAACGAUGUCAGUUUAAUUGAAUGUCAACUGUUAAAUACGAUACAAAGUGUAACUCAAGAAACUCAAAGACUAGAAAAUGUAUCCAUGAAACUAUGUGAGUUAGAUUCUGGGUUAAGUAAAAUACAUGUUUGGUCCGUAGAAUCAGCUCCAGCAGACAUUCAAAGAGUACAAAAAGAUCAAUCAAAUCCAGAAUUAAUGGCUCGUGAUAUUGGCAAAGUUCAAAACGAAUUACAAAAAAAACGAGAUAGUUUAGAUCGCCUUACAGCAGACUUGCAAACUUUUGAAAACGAAAAUGAAACAAAUGAUACACAGAGGCUUAGACAAGAUUUAGAUGACGUAAGAAAAUCGAUCUUAAACUUAGAAAGUAACACAAACCUACAAAAUCAAAAAAUCAACGAUCAUCUAAACGAGUGGCAACAGCACAAAUCUAAACUUGAUGAAAUACGUUCUUGGAUAGAUAAAACGGAAGAAUAUAUUAGUGUUGAUGAUUCUCAACCAUUUUGUAUUAAAAAAAUGAACGAAAUAUUAAAAAAUGCUGAAAUGAUAAAUUUAGAAUGUAAUAAUAAGCUUGAAGAAUUGAAAGAAAUAGCAUCAAUUAAUACAACUGCGGUUAUAUUAAAUGAAGUUGACGCUAUUCAGUCUCGUUGUAAAUCUGUGCAAUCUAAUUUAGUUCAAAAAAGUACUCGCUUACAAAGACUUGUUACAAAUUGGAAUAAUGUAAAUAAUAAAGCUCAAAAAGUUGAAAGUAUAUUAAAUCAGCCUGCAUUAUGUGAAUUAGAAAUAGAAACAAUUUAUGAGUCGUUUAGUGAAGAUGAUCUCAGCAAAAAAAUAUUGGAAUAUAAGGCUUUAAUUCAAGAACUUAAUGAGUGUCAAAGUGAAUUAUCUAGUAUAAUUCAAAUUCUAAACAGUAUUAAUCAAAACUUUUCUCAUGAAACUACAAAUAAUUUGAGGGAAAAAUUAUUGAAUAUGAAAUCAAAGAGUCAUAAAUUAUUAAAAGAAAUACAUGAGAAAAUACAAAAAAUGUCUAAUAUUUUAGUAGCAAAAAAAGAGAACUGUAAUAAGCUUGAUUCAUUUUGUGAAUGGGUGACUGAAAUGGAUUCAAAAAUAAGUACAUGUAAUGUUGUUCAAUGUAAUGCAAUAGAAAACACAUUAAAAAAACUUCACAUGCUUAUAGAGGAGCAUAUAGAAAAUCAAGAUGUUUUACUCACUAUUACGAAAAACUUAGUUCAACCUGAUGAAGUCAUUCAACUAGACCAAACAACGGCUAAAUUUAAAAAUCUUCAAGAUAUUUUGCACAAAAAAAAACUGGUGUUAGAAAAAAUUAAUGAAUUCUUUAAUUGGAAUACAACUAUUAAAGCCCAAUUGGAUCAUUUGGAGUUUAAAAUUGAUAGUAAUCAAGUAGUUGUCAACAUAUUCGAAGAAGUCAAUGAUAGUGUUAAUGAAUUAAAGCAAUGGAGAAACAAUUGGAAUUCAAUUGAAAACUUACUUAACCAAAGUAAUACAACAGUUGCUGACUUAUCCUUUGACGAUUGUUUCAGAUAUUGUGAGGGAAAAAUAAGCCAAUUAAACGAAAAAAUCAGGAUUAAAGAAGAACAUGAACAAAAAAUUGAGCAAUGUCAAUCUGUUAUAAUAAAUUUAAGUAAAAGUAUAAACGAUACAAUUGAUAAAGUAGAAAAAGACAUAGUUGAUCUAUUGUUCUCCGUGAAACAUUUCUCUGAUAUUCAAUCUGUAUUAUCAAAUUUACAAAAUUUAAUUGAUAUAAAUUCAUUAGAUAAUAGUUUAGAGAGUCUAGAAACUGAGAUUAGAUUGUUUAUUGAAUUAGAUAAAUCAAAAUCAGCUGAAAUUCAAUGUAAUAUUGUAGAACCAAAAACUAAAUUAAGUCAAUUAAAAUCUAAGUUAGUUAACAUAUUUAACAAUUUAUCUAAAAUACUUGAAAAUUGGCAAAUUUGUUCAUUAAUAAGUGAUAAACUCAAAUCAUCUCAAAUAAAUUGUAAGGAAGUUUUAAAAUCUAUUGAUUAUCCAAAUGAUGUUUCUGAAGCAAAAUACGUCGAAGAAAAAUUUAAUAGUGUUAUAACAAUUAUUAAUUCUUUAGAAAACGAUGUAAUUUUAAUGAAAAAUGCAAUCGAGUACCUUAAAUUGGAAACUCAAAGUGUAGUUAAUUUUAAUGUAGAGUAUGCACUACAAAUAUAUCAAAAUAGUAUUGAAGAUUGGGGAAAAUAUUGUGCUGAAAUAAAGAUUCAAACGGAAAAUAUAAAUUCCCAGCAUGUGAUUUGGAAACAAAUUAACCAAAAUAAAGAAAUUAUUAUGCAAUGGUUAUCUGAUGUAAAUAUCGAGCUUUUAGAUUGUACAUCUAAUUUUGAAGAUAUCGAUAGGAUAAAACUUAAACUUGCUAAAUAUUUUGAAAGUAAAAAGGCCAAUUUGGAAUUGAAGAAUAGUAUUAAAGAAAAAAUAAAAAUACUUGAAAAACUAACUGGUAAUAAAUCAAUUAUAACAUUAAAUACAUUAUCCUUAUUAUUAAAUGAUCAAUUUAAUGAAGUUGAUAGUGUUGCAAAUAAUUUAGGAGAUUUAAUUCAAAUGUAUUCUAAACAAGAAGAAGUAAUUCGUACCGAAAUAAAAAAGCAAACGCUGCAAUUAAAUCAAAUCCGAGAAAUCAUAACAAAAUCUGAUGAUUUGAACAGUGAUUUAGAUACUUUAUUAGUUAAUUUGAAAUCUUGUUCCAAUUGCAAAAAUCAACUCAUAAAAUUAAAUUUAAGUAUUGAUACAGUUAAUCGCACAGUAACAGAAGUUAGUGAUUCAUUUCCCGUCAUCACAGAGUCAAGUACCUUUAAAGACUUAAAAAGUUUACAAAACCGAUAUAAUAAUGUUGUUCAACAGGCUGAUAAAGUGGAAGCAAAAUUAAUUACUUAUAUGAAAAAAUAUUUAGAAGAUGAUUUAAAUAAUGUAAAACAAGGUGUACAAAGUAUAAAUGAAAAAUUAAGCUGGAUAAAUCCAGAAGACGAAAUACAAAAAGAACAAUUAUUAAUUAAACUACAAUCUAUAGAAGAAAUAAAAAAUAAUAUUGAAUAUUUUAGAGAGCAGAUUAGUAAAGUGAAUAUUAUUUUGAGUCAUUUAAAUAAUUCGUCAUCUGAUUAUAAUUUAGAAAGUUUAUCAAGUAGCAAUGAAAUUUUAAACUCUAACAUAGAAAAUACGGUAACAGAACUGAAUAAAAGAGAAGAAGAACUUCAAGAUACUAUUAGUGUAUGGGAUCAAUGUGAAAAUACUCUUAAACAAAUCGAACCAAUUUUAAAUAUCCUUGAAAAAUCGAUAAAAAAAUAUCAAGAAGAGCCUUUAGUAAUAAAUGAAUUAGAAACAAACCAAUGUAAAAUUUCUGAACUUAAACCUGAAACAGAAAAUUUGAAACAAUUAUUGAAUAGUUUUUCACUACUAACAAAAAAACUUAAAAGUAUUCAUACAAAGAAUUUAAUGGAUAGUCGUUUACAAAAAAUUAAAAAUAGAGUAGAAUUAUGUAAUAAAAAAAUUUCUGAAAUAACUGACAAGGUUAUUUCUGUAAAAAAUUUAAAUGGUAAUUUUAAUAUUUUACAUAGAACAAUUGAAUCCUCAAUAGAACAAUUAAAUAGUCGAAUCGGUGAUAUUGAAUCAAAGCAAAGUGAAAAAAGAAAAUCUAUUCCUUGUGUACAGUCAGAUUUAAAUGAUCUAAAUAUGAUAAAUAAACAACAAGAUGGUAUAAAAAAUGAUAUCAAUGAAAUUUCAAUUAUAUCUGAUGAAAUGUCUCCUAACAUAACGAUUGAAAAUCGAGAUGAAAUAAGAACAAAAUUGAAAAAGUUACGAUUUGCGUUAGAAACAUUGAACAAAAAAUGCGGAGAUUUGACAAAAAAAUUUGAAAAUAUUUUAGUUUAUAAAUCAUCUUUUGAUGAAUGCUGUGCUCAAGUGGAAAAGUGGCUGAUUGAAGCCAAUAAAAGAUUAACAAUUUAUAAAUCUUUUGAGAAAACUACUAUUAAUGAUAAAAAAACUAAUCUCGAUAAUUUAAGACAAUUUUGCCAUGAUUUAAAAAUUUUCAAAGAUGUUAUGAACCAAUUAAAAGACAAAGAAUCCGAACUGGAUGAACAAGACACAAAUUUAAAAGUAAAAAACUUCUUUGCAAAUUAUGAAUCGUUGUCAUUGCAAAUUUAUCAGCAGAUUAAUUUAAAUGAAAAUAUCCUGAAGAAUCAUGAGUUAUAUAACACUAAUAUUGAAACAUUUAAAAAAUUCCAACGAGAACUCUUUGAUGGGAAAGUUUUAACUGACGCUAAGGAUUUUAAUGUACAACUCGAUUUACUAACUAAAAUAAUUGAUAAUAGAUCUAAAGGUGAUGAAAUCAUAGAAAAAUGUAAAAGUGCUCAUGAUGUAGUUUUAAAAGAAACGGAUGGCAAUGGCAAAAAUUUAAUUAGAAAUGAAAUGGACAAGUUAAAAAAUGAUUGGCAAAAUUUAAUGACACAAUGUCAAAUUAAUUUUGAAACUUUAAGUAAAAGAAAUAACCAGUCAAAAGAAAUGUUAUUACAAAUCGAAACAAUCGAACAUUUUUUAAAAUCUAUUGAUAAUCAAGUAAAUGACAGAAGUUUGAAAAAUAGUUUAGAAAGCAAAAAAAAAUAUUUAAAGAAAUUGAAGUCAUUCGAUGAAAGUAUAUUACAGAAACACGAAGAUAUAAUUAAAAUAGAAUCUUUAUUAUCUGAACUCACGCCUGAAAUAAAUAAUGCUCUUAUAAAUCUGAUGACAAAUUAUCAGUCAGUAAAAACAAAAACCAAGGAAUGCAUUUUAAAAUAUGAAAACUAUGUUCGAGACCAUUUUCAAUUUGAAAUUAAUUAUAAAGAGUUAAACAAAUUAUUGAAGCAUUUAUCAGAUGAAAUAACAGAAAAUUGUGAAAUAGUAGGUGACUUAACUUUAUUGCAAGAAAGGCAAAAAAAAUUGUUAACAUUAUCAGACAAGAAAUGUCAGCAAAAUAUUCAAUAUGAUUCUUUAAUUAAUCAAGCAGAAAAGUUAUAUUCUCAGACAUCUCCUGACGGAAGAGAAGUUAUUAGGCAACAAAUAAAAAUUAUACGAAAUGAAUGGAAAUCAACCUCAGAAAAAUUGCAAGCUAUUCUUACAAAAUUCGAAAACUGUUUAAUUCAUUUUGCUGAUUUUUCGAUGUCUCAAGAACAAUUAUCAAAGUGGUUGAAAAACAUCGAAGAAGCUAUGCAUCAACAUACUGAAACAAAAGGAACAUUGCAAGAGAAAAAAGCCCAACUUCAGAAUCACAUGAUUAUAAAUCAAGAAAUAAUGUUACAUAAACCAUUAGUUCAAGCUGUAUGUGCUAAAGCACACGAACUUGUUGAUCAAACCAAGGAUGAUACUUUGAACAUUUAUAUAGAAUCAAUUGAGAAUUUAUAUGAAAAAAUAGUUAUAAAAUCCAAAGAGUUAAUGGAAGUUUUAGAAAAUUCAGUAUCAUUUCAUUCUAGUUUUAAUCAAUCUUGUCAAAAACUUGAUACUAAACUUAAAAAAGAACAAGAAAAAAUUGUAGAUCUAAACUGCUAUUUUGGUGAAAAGAAUAAUAUAUUAAAAAGAAUUGAAGCUUUAAAAGCUUUAAGACUCGUAAAUGAAACUGAUAAUAUUCCAUUUGAUGAACUAAAUAGUUUAUUUUCUCAAUGUAGUCAAACAACAACGAAAAAUGGCAUUGAAUUGAUGGCUAAUGAAAUAUCAAAAUUAGAAAAUGAUAACAAACAAAUUUUAUCUUUAAUAGAUGAAACUAUUGAAAAACUUGAGAAUAUUAUAAUACAAUGGACAUCCUUUGAAUCGAAUUUUGAAGAAUUUACAAGCUGGUCUAAAACAAUAGAAACUUUACUAAAAGAUCAACAACUCCAACCAACAUUUGAAAAAAAAUUCAAUCAACUUAACUUAUUAAUUAAAAAACGGGAAGAAAUAUUAAACUUUGAAUCAAAAAUAGAAAAGACUAUAGAUAACAUAAAUAAUUUAUUUCAUAUCAGUGGGGUAGAACGUUUAAAAAUAAUUGUACAACAAAUUAGCAAUAAAUAUCAAUACAUUCAAGAUUUAAGUAAAGAAAUUCUAGCUAAAUGGCAAAUAAUUAGUGAUGACCAUAAAAAUUUUAAUGAUAAAAUGGAAGAAAUUAAGUCAUGGGUAGGUCCUUUAGAAGAUAAACCUGAGAAUAUAAUGAAUGAUGAAGAUUUGAAUGAUAAUAAAAAGCUAUUUACGCUACAAAACUUAAAUGAUACAACUAAAAAUUUAUUACCAAAAAUUUCAUUGUUAUGUUCAUUGGGUGAAAACUUAUAUCCAGAUACUUCUGCUCCAGGACGUGACCUUAUUCGCAAUCAAUUAAGUGAUAUUCAAAAUAGAUGGGAUAUUUUGAAUGAGAAAAUACAAAUAUCUUUGAAAAAUCUUGAAGCACAAUCACAACAAUGGAACAGCUAUCAAGAAUCAAUUUUACGAGUCAAUAAUUGGAUAGAUAACUUUGAAAGAACCAUUGCAUCAAGUCAGAAUAAUGUUGGGAUAUCCCCUAAUGAAAUCAAAACAAAAUUAUUAAAACAAAAAGUAUCGAUGCAAGAAAUAAAUUCGCAGGGUCGCAUAAUUGAUUCUAUAGCAGAAAAAAGCAAGAAUUUAAAAAAACCUCAUCAUGAGACUGUUUUAGAAAAUUCCAUCAAAGAAAGAUAUUGUUCAUUAAAACAUAAAAUGAGUGAAUUAAUAUUACAAAAUGAAAAUUACUUGGAAUCUUAUCAGCAGUAUGAAGAUUUAUUAAAAUCUUAUCAAGAUAGUCAAAAAAAACUGUGGGAUCAAUUGUCUAUUAAUACAGAUUAUUCUGGAAAUAAACAAAUUUUAGAAAAACGCCUGAAAAAUGUUAAUAAUAUAAAAGAUGCAUUUGAUAAUAAUAAAUUAAUAUUAAAAUCAAUGCUAAAUUUAAUUGAUAGUUCAAAACAAAAUAUUCCAGUGAAAGUCUUAGAAAAUAUUACAAGGGAUCAUAAUAAUUUUCAGUUUGAACAAGAAAAAUUUCAAUCCGCCUUAAAUAAUUUAUUUGACAACAUACAAAAUAGAAUCGAUCAAUGGAUAGAAUUUGAAAAUUUAAUUGAACAAUUAGCUUCAUGGCAUAAUGAUACUGAGAAAAAAUUACAUAAUUAUUCAGAAAAAGCUUCGAUUGAAGAAAAAUCUCAACAAUAUAACAAAUUUCAGGAUUUAGAAAAGGAAAUUAGGGGAAAAGCAAAUUCUGUAAACGAUUUGAUUUCAUAUGCAGAUCACUUACAUCAAACCUUAAAAGAGGAUAUCCAAAAGAAAGAUUUGGAUCGCAAUGAUCAAGUAAAACAAAUUAAAGAACAUCAAUCAGUCGGCGAAGUAGGAUUAUCUACAAGAGUGAAGCAGAUAUCGUCACGAUAUCAGUCAAUGCAAUCAACAAUUAAGGAUAUUUUAAAUAAUUGUAAAGAUUCAAUUAUUGUUCAUCAGAAUUACAUUGAUAAAUACAAUGAAUGUUUUAUUCAACUAUCAAAUACUAAGGAGCAAUUUGCUAUGGCUUGUCAGCCUAUAUCAUUAUCACAAAAUAUACAGCAGUAUUUAGUGAAAAAAUAUGGAGCAUUAAAUGAUCUCUUAAAUUCUAAAUCAAAUAUUACUUUUUUGUUAAAUAGCUGCGUAGAACUUAGUGAUAAAUUAUAUUUAAGCACAUGUCCAUCUGGAAAAGAAGCAAUUAAAUCCCAAUUGGAUAAGCUUCAAAAUUCAAUUGAUACUUUAUUCGAUGAUAUAAUGAGUCUAAACAGAGAAGUAAAAAAUGAAUUAAAUAAAUGGAGUGAGUUUGAAGAAAUGAAUAGUGAAUUAAAGCAGUGGUUUAGUGAAAUUAAGAGAAUUAUUAACAAAAAUAUGGAACUAAAAUCUACGUUAGAUGAGAAAAAAACGCAACUCCAAAUGUACAGAGAUAUACUGCAAACUACAUUAAAACGAGAAACUGAUGUUAAGAAACUUGUAAAUAAUAUAAAACAAUUACAAAUACAUGACAAUAAUGAUACUUUCCUAGAUUCUAUUAGUAAUCAAUAUGAUGAAAUACUUAAUAAAAUUCAGGAAUUUGUUAAUAAGUACGAAGCUAUAGUAAAAGAUCACGAACAAUAUACAACUUCGGUAAUGGAAAUGCAAGAAUGGCUUGAUGCAACUCAUAAUACAUUAUUAUUGUGGAGUGAUACCAACUUAGAAAAAAUUUCACUUUUGGGCAAUCUUGAUCGUAUAAAAAAUUUAUUAGUAAGUUUAACUGGAGAAGAAAAUAAAAUUCAUGCUAUAAAGAAAUUGGCAGAAAAAGUUAUUCCUGGUACAAGCGAACAGGGUCAGGUAAAUAUAAGAUCACAAAUUGAUUCAUCACAACAAGACUGGGAAGGUCUUAUAUCAUACGUAAAAACUUCAAUUGAAGCUUUAGAAGAAAAAUUAAAUAAUUGGAACGAGUUUGAUACUUUAAAAGAUUUGUUUUUAACAUGGUUGCGUGAUGCAGACUAUAAAAUUCAUGCUAUCGAUUUAAAAACAUCAUUACAAGAAAAAAAAAAUCAACUUGAUGAACUCAAGGAUCUUCAGGGAAUUCUUCGUACAAAAGAAUUUGAAAUUGAUGCUAUUACAGAAAAAUCUCAAAACUUAUAUACUUUAUGUAUGUCGAAUAAAAACUCGCAAAUUAGUGAAAUAGUGCAGAAAUACCAUAAUCUUUCAAUGAAAAUCAAAGAAUUAAUUGAAAAAUGGCAGCAAUACGUUGAUAUUCAUUUAGAGUUUGAGAGUAAUUUAAAUGAAGCCAUUAUUUGGCUUGAAAAUACUGAUGAUAAACUUACUAUCUGUGGUGAUUUCAAAUCUACAAAUAAAUCCGAUUUAGAAGAAAAAUUGAUAAAUAUUCAAGAAGUGUUGUUGUACAAAGAAAACGGUUUUAACAUGAUUCAAAAUUGUACUAAAAAAGGACAAAUAGUAUUAGCAAGCACCACACCUGAUGGUCAUAAAGCAAUCAAUGACUCACUUAUAUCUUUGCAAGAACAUUGGAGUGCAUUAGCUUCUAAAAUGUUAGAAACUAAGGCUAACAUUGAUGAAUCUAUUAAAAAAUGGUCAGACUUUUCGGAAAAUGUCAAACAAGUUGGAAAAACUAUUGACAAAUUUGAAGAAACUUUAUCUGAAUUAACAAAAUUUGAAACAUCGUUAUCUGAGAAACGAAGUCAAUUAGAAAAAAUAAAAAAUUUAGACGAAAAAAUAAAAAGUGAAAGUAUCGAAAUGGAGCUACUAAAAUCAAAAGCCGAAGAAAUACUUAAAAAUGGUUAUCAGAGUAGUACGAUAUUUGACACUCGAGAAUUAUUCAAAAAGUUUGAUAAUAUUUCAGACAAAAUAAAAACUUUACUAUCUGAGCGAGAGCAACAAUUUAAAGAUCAUAAAUCUUACAAAGAGGCUUUUGAUGAACUAUCAAAUUUUUUAAAUAGAUCUAAAGAAAAAAUACCUAUUUUAAAUGAACGUCCUUUAAAUGAUAAAUUAGCAAUCGAGCAAAGUAUUACUCCUCUCGAUUCACUUCUAAAUAAAAAAGCUCAAGGUGAAUUAUUACUGGAUAAUUUGGUCACGAUUGGCAAUGUUAUUAAGACUAACACGUCUGAUAGUGGAAACGUUAUUAUUAGUGAAGAGAUAUCUAUGAUAUCGGAUGAACUAACGCGGUUCUUUGACGAUGUAACAGCUCAAAAAGAAACAUUGCAAGCUAUACACUCACAUUGGAGAGAAUAUAAAGAUGAAUAUGAAAAACUAUCUGACUGGUUGCAACAAAAUGAUAUAACUAUGAAGUCAUUAAAAAAUACAUUACUUGCGACGCUGGAUGAAAAAAAAAAUCAAGUGAAACAAAUUGAGGAUGUACUUGAUGAUUUAAAAAAUGGAAAAUCAAAUAUUAAUAAAUUUAAUAAUGAUUCUACACUGUUAUUGACAUCACAUUUGGGUCCUUACAUUAGCAAUCAACUGAGGCAACUUNACAUUUGGGUCCUUACAUUAGCAAUCAACUGA